AUGAAUAGACGCAUGCUUACCAAAGAGGAUGAAGCGGCCGGUGAUGAGGUCGAAGUGCGCCGCGAGGACCAGGAUAAAAUCAAUAAGUUCAGUCGUUUACAUCAGCGCGAACUAAACCUGGAGGACGAGCUGAAGGCCAAGAACAAGGAGAAAGAAGAACUCGACGACAUCUCCACCGAACUCGAGCUUGCAGACGAAGACGACACGGUACCUUAUAAGAUCGGCGAUGCCUUUUUCCAUCUACCGCUUCCGCAGGCGCAAGAAUUAUUGGCAUCCUCAACUACAAGACUGGAGGAAGAAGUAUCGGCACUCGAAGAUAAACUUGGUACGGUAAAGGACGAGAUGACGCAGCUGAAGGUUGAGCUCUACGCCCGAUUUGGGCGCAGUAUUAACCUCGAGACAUAA